UCAUUAAUGUUCAGUAUCUACUGUAAUAAUCCUUGUAUCAAUAGCAGUAAUAGAUAUUGCAGCCUCCGUGCGCGCUCCGGGAGUGCGCCAUGGAGCGGUGGAGGAGAGCGCAGCGAGUAUAAAAGCGUCAGCCUGCUGUCAGCGUCAGAAGAUGCGUUUGCAUCACGACAGACUUCAGCAGGACUCUCCCAAGUAGGCUGACACGGAUACGAUCCGAGUAGGUUUAGAAAUAACUCGGAUAACUCAUGCAACUCUGAGGCUUUGAACAGAACUUCAUCCAGAACGAAGGAGAUGGGGAUUUAUGCGUCCUCACCUGGAAGUUAGCCGCGAAGAAGACGGGAACGCUGCCGUAGCUGGUUUUGAACCCUUGUUUCCCUCUGCAGAAGCAUGCAGAGCAACAGCAGCGCCCCUGGGCCCCUGGGGGCCCUGAACGUGUGCGGGGGAGAAGAGGACGACAUCUCCGGAGUGGUCAGCCUCACGGGAGCAGCCUCUAACCUCGCAGCUCUGAACCUGUCACUCAACUGCUGGCUCCUCAUCCUCUCCAAGGAGUCCUCGCUGGACCUGCACGCAGACGGCGCAAACCUGGCAGUACGCGUUGUCAUUGCCCUGGUCUACCUGGUGGUGUGUGUUCUGGGGCUAGUCGGUAACCUGCUGGCCCUCUUCCUGCUCCACUCGCGCCACCGGAGCAAUCACCACUCCUCCAUCAACUGCUUCGUCAUGAGCCUGGCCCUGACAGACCUCCAGUUUGUCCUCACCUUGCCCUUCUGGGCCGUGGACACGUUGCUGGACUUCCGCUGGCCAUUCGGCCGGGUCAUGUGCAAGAUCGUCAGCUCGGUGACCACGCUGAACAUGUACGCCAGCGUCUUCUUCCUCACCGCCAUGAGCGUGACCCGCUACCACUCCCUAGUCACCUCUCUGAAGAUGGGCAGCCCUAGCAUUGCCACAGCUCGUGCCAAAUGGGCCAGUUUAACCAUUUGGGUGGUGUCACUGGUGGUGACGCUGCCUCAUGCUUUCUACUCCACCACAGUCCAGGUGUCUACAGAUGACGAGCUGUGCUUGGUGCGCUUCUCAGACUCUGAUUCAAGCCACUGGGAUCCUCAGGUCCUGCUCGGACUCUAUCAAACACAAAAAGUCCUCCUGGGAUUUGUAGUUCCCUUGAUUGUCAUCUCCGUGUGCUACCUCCUGCUCCUGAAGUUCAUCCUGAGACGGCGCAUCGUAGGCAGCGUGGUCAACGCGAGUGUCCCGGAGAGGUCCGAGUCUGAGAGAGGACGCCUCCGCCGCCGCUCCAAAGUCACCCGUUCUGUCACCAUCGUGGUCCUGUCCUUCUUCAUCUGCUGGCUACCCAACCAGGCUCUUACCCUGUGGGGGGUGCUGAUCAAAUUUGACUUGGUGCCCUUUAGUAAAGCCUUCUACAACGCCCAGGCCUACGCCUUCCCCCUGACUGUGUGCUUAGCUCACGCUAACAGCUGUCUCAACCCGGUGCUCUACUGCCUGAUCCGAAAAGAGUACAGAGCUGGACUGAAGGAGCUCCUCCUCCGAGUGUCUCACUCCGUCCAAAAUGUCCUCACUCAGGGUCUGAGAGAGAGAAGGGUGGCAGACGCACCACCCAGCCUGGUUAUGAUGCACAAAGACAGAAAUAUGUGAUGUGCUCUGUAAAAGGAAAAGAUGGACAUUUUGGAAAACAGUUAUUUUAACAAUUAUUUUGCACAUUACAUUUAGAAAGUAAACACUUAUUUUGUGUUCUGAUGGGGAAUUCAACAAGUUCAACAAAAUUUUCCCAAAAGUUAAUGAAUAAUCGUGUUAAAUCAUUGCGUUUAUGAUUUUUUCCCCAAUUGAGCAGCCCAAAAUUCCUCAAAGUGUCAAACUUUUUCCUUGAUACUACAUUAAAUGCUUCUUUAUGAGUCAACUUAGUCUGCCAUAUUUUCUUUAAUGCCAUUUUUUUUUUUUUAAUCACGUUCCCGUGCGACACUGUAAUGAUCCCCUCCGAACUUAUGAACAGCUAUGAUUUAGCUUUAUCGCAGACUUUUUGUGAAACAUGCCACUUUGGAAGUAAUCUCCGUGGUGACAAGUAUUUUUGAAAACAAUCAAACCCAAAUGAGCCGGCUCUUAGUUACACUGUUGGCUGAUUUCUUAUUUUCGCACAAUCAAGCA